AUGGAGUACGUGUCAAGCGGGCUGUCCAAGGAAGAUCCGUGCUGUGGGCAAUGGUGCGUGCAUGGAGACCAGGCAGUGGUGUGGACCGACGCCAGCUCUAUCGCUGCCGGUGUUGUUGUGGAAACACCGCAAGGAGCUGCCAUCGAGGACGCAUGCUGGAUUAGAAGAGAUGAGAGCUCCCAUAUUAACAUGGCUGAGCUGGACGCAGCAGUUCGUGGCGUCAAUCUGGCCAUCGCGUGGGGCAUGCGAACCAUCGAUCUGCGAACAGACUCUGCGACUGUCUACCGCUGGAUUGACGAUGCGCUGAGUGGCCGGGCACGUCUUCGCACCAAGGCUCAUGGGGAGAUGCUGAUUCGCCGUCGGGUAGAUGUCAUCCGGCAGCUGGUGACGAACUUGAGCUGGUCAUGCGUGCGACGCACACUCUUCUUUGCACGACGUGACAUCUCACGAGCAGUGACGCGUGCUGAAGCACGUACUACUGUGCGGCAGUGUGAGGUAUGCCGCAAGAUCGACCCAGCGCCGGCGAAGUGGCAGCACGGGUCAUUGAGUGUGACCGAGACGUGGUGGCGUCUGGCGACAGAUGUUACCCACUACCUCGGUAGCGCCUACCUGUCCCUUGUCGACUGCUCUUUCGCGGCGCGCUGGGGCGUGACGCUGCGCUUCAGAGGGGCAUACGCACCGUCUGGUAACGGCAUCGUGGAAAGGAACCAUCGCACGGUGAAGGUGAUAGCAGCGAGGAAGGGCUGCUCCGUUGCUGAGGCAGUCCACCUGUACAACGUGACGCCCCGGGACGAAACUGUGGCAUCAGCUCCCGUGAGUGGUAUUUACCGGUACCGAGUACGAGACUGCGAUGCAGUGUGGGUUCGGAGGCGGGGCGAGCGCUGCACCUCAGCAUCGCAGCCCGGCGUCGUCACCAGGGUGAACUCGCCGCAGGUGGUAGAGGUUGAUGGAGUUCCACGACACGUCAGGGACUUGAGACACCGCAGCAGCCUCUCAGUGAACGAAGCUGGCACUCCAGAUGAACCGGGAGUAGAAGAUGAACCCCCGCUUCAUGUUAACGCGCAAAGCCAGCUGCUGCAGCCGCAGGUGGCUGAACCCCCACCUGCUUAA